AGCUGGACCCCAGCGCGGGAGGAGGCGGCAGAGGGCAGGAACCGGCCUGCCGGCUGGGCACCAACCACCCGUGCCUGCCAAUGCGGCCCGGCACCCGGAGAGCCAAGUCCCCAGGUCCGAGGCACGCCCAUGUGGGCCGGCGGCGUGGGGAGUCCUCGGCGGGGCCCGGCCCCCGCGCCCACCGAUGACCUCUUCGCCCGCAAGCUGCGCCAGCCGGCGCGGCCCCCGCUGACGCCACACACCUUCGAGCCCAGGCCUGCCCGCGGCUCGCUCCUGCGCAGCGGCAGCGAUGCGGGCGAGGCCCGGCCCCCGACACCGGCCAGCCCUCGCGCCCGCGCCCACAGCCACGAGGAGACCGGCCGCCCCGCCGCGCCCCCCGCCCGCUUCUUCUCCGACCCGCUGGCGCUGCUGGGGCUGCCCGUCGAGGAGCCGGAGCCUGAGUUCCCGCCCGUGCCCGAGCCUCGCUGGUUCGCCCACUAUGACGUGCAGAGCCUGCUCUUUGACUGGGCUUCGAGGCCACGCGGGACGGGGGGUCACGCAGAGGCGGGCUCUGGGACCCCCGCCUCGGCUCAGGACCAGACUGCCGGCUCCGACCUGCUGCUCGAGGCGCCUGGCUUCGUGAGUGAGCUCGGGGGUGAGGGCGAGCUGGGACUGGGUGGACUGGUGUCUCCACCUGUGCCCCCCUCACUGCCCAACGCGGCCGUGUCCGUCCUGGAGGAGCCACAGAACCGAACCUCGGCCUACAGCCUGGAGCAUGCAGACCUGGGCGCUGGCUACUACCGCAAGUACUUCUACGGCAAAGAACACCAGAACUUCUUUGGACUGGACGAGGCGCUGGGCCCGGUGGCAGUGAGCCUGCGGCGGGAGGAGAAGGAGAGCAGCGGAGGGGGCACUCUGCACAGCUACCGCAUCAUCGUGCGGACCACGCAGCUCCGGACCCUCCGCGGCACCAUCUCGGAGGACGCGCUACCGCCAGGGCCCCCGAGAGGCCUGUCCCCGAGGAAGCUUCUAGAGCACGUGGCAUCGCGGCUGAGCCCGACCUGCCUGCGCCUGGGCUCGGCUUCACCGAAGGUGCCCCGCACGCUGCUUACACUGGACGAGCAAGUGCUGAGCUUCCAGCGCAAGGUGGGCAUCCUGUACUGCCGGGCGGGCCAGGGCUCGGAGGAGGAGAUGUAUAACAACCAGGACGCAGGACCCUCCUUCAUGCAGUUCCUCACCCUGCUGGGUGACGUGGUGCGGCUCAAAGGCUUUGAGAGCUACCGGGCCCAGCUGGACACCAAAACGGAUUCCACGGGCACGCACUCCCUCUACACCACGUACCAGGACCAUGAGAUCAUGUUCCACGUGUCCACGAUGCUGCCUUACACCCCCAAUAACCAGCAGCAGCUCCUGCGGAAGCGCCACAUCGGCAACAACAUUGUGACCAUCGUGUUCCAGGAACCCGGCAGCAAGCCCUUCUGCCCCACCACCAUACGCUCGCACUUCCAGCACGUAUUCCUAGUCGUGCGGGCCCACGCGCCCUGCACUCCGCACACCUCCUACAGGGUGGCUGUGAGCCGCACCCAGGACACCCCGGCCUUUGGGCCAGCUCUGCCCCCUGGCGGAGGACCCUUUGCGGCCAAUGCCGACUUCCGGGCCCUCCUGUUGGCCAAGGCGCUCAAUGGUGAGCAGGCGGCGGGCCACGCACGCCAGUUCCACGCCAUGGCCACGCGCACGCGCCAGCAGUAUCUGCAGGACCUGGCCACCAACGAGGUGACCACCACGUCGCUGGACUCGGCUUCCCGCUUCGGCCUGCCUUCCCUGGGCGGGAGGCGGCGGGCGUGCCCCCGGGGCCCGGGCGCCGAGCUGCAGGCGGCAGGGGCGCUGGUGUGGGGCGUACGCGCGGCGCCCGGGGCGCGGGGCGCGACCGGAGCCGAGGCGGGCGGCCCUGACGGCGCAGAGGUGCCAUGUCUGCUGGGCAUCUCGGCCGAGGCGCUGGUGCUGGUGGCGCCGCGCGACGGCCGCGUAGUCUUCAACUGCGCCUGUCGCGACGUGCUGGCUUGGACCUUCUCCGAGCAGCAGCUCGACCUGUACCACGGCCGCGGGGAGGCGAUCAUGCUACGGUUCGACGGGCCCCCCGGCCAAGCCGUUGGCGAGGUCGUGACGCGCCUGCAGCUGGUGAGCCGCGGCUGCGAGACGCGCGAGCUGGCGCUGCCCCGCGACGGUCAAGGCCGCCUGGGCUUCGAGGUGGACGCCGAGGGCUUCGUCACGCACGUGGAGCGCUUCACGUUCGCGGAGACGACGGGGCUGCGGCCUGGGGCGCGCCUGCUGCGCGUGUGUGGCCAGACGCUGCCCAGUCUCGGCCCCGAGGCCGCUGCCCAGCUGCUGCGCUCGGCGCCCAAGGUCUGCGUCACCGUCCUGACCCCCGACGAGAGCGGCCGGCCGCGCAGGAGCUUUUCGGAGCUGUACAUGCUGUCUCUGCAGGAGCCCAGCCGGCGGGGGGCUCCCGAGCCGGUGCAGGAUGAGGCCCCAGCAGUGGCCCUACUGCCCACCACGAAGCAGCUGCUGCAAGUGUGCCUGAACGAUGGCGGUGGCCCUCCAGGGCCCAGGGACCUGGCCGAGGAGAGGACCGAGUUCCUGCACAGUCAGAACCCUCCAUCACCCUGCAGCUCCCUGUCUGAUGAAGCCCCAGUCCUGCCCAACACCACCCCGGACCUCCUCCUUGCCACCACGGCCAAGCCGGCAGCACCCAGUGCUGGCAGGGAGACACCCCCCACCCAGCAGGGGCCAGGCAGCCGCAGUGGCUGUGAGGACAGGGGUGACCCAGCCCCGGAGCUGAGGGCCUCCUUCUUGCCACGAACCUUGUCUCUGAGGAACUCCAUCAGCAAAAUCAUAUCAGAGGCGGGCAGCGAGACCCUAGAAGACGAGUGGCAGUCCAUCUCAGAGAUCGCCUCCACCUGCAACACCAUCCUGGAGUCGCUCUCCCGGGAGGGGCCGCCCAUCCCAGAGAGCAGAGAUGCCAGGGGAACUCCAAAAUCUGAUGCUGAGCCAGAACCCGGGAGCCUGUCUGAGAAGGUCUCUCACCUGGAGUCCAUGCUCAGGAAGCUGCAGGACGACCUGCAGAAGGUGACACGGUGGCUGCGGGCCGUGGGGAGUCACAGGGCUGCCCCAGGAGAGGGGCCAGGGGCUGGCCACGCUGACUCCUGCCUCGCCCCACCUCCCCCCAGGAGAAGGCAGACAGGGCGGCCCUGGAGGAGGAGGUGCGGAGCCUGCGGCACAACAACCGGCGGCUGCAGGCCGAGUCAGAGAGCGCGGCCACGCGCCUGCUCCUGGCCUCCAAGCAGCUGGGCUCCGCCACCAGCGACCCGGCCUGAAGCCGGAGGGUCCAGCCUCAGCCCGGCCGCAGACCUGCUCGAACUGCCCGGCCGCUCGCUCGGGGCACCUGGGCCACACCAGGCCCCGGGCCCCCCUCAGGGACUCUCCCUGCGCGAGGCGCAUCUUAGCACUGCCCCCGCUCCCCGGCCCAUUAUUUGGUGGCAUUUUGGUGGCGAAGUUGCCCCUCUACCCCCCUUCCCCAUUUGUAAAUAUUCUGUGGAGAAAAGGGGACUUCAGGGAAUAAAGAAGCCACGGUUAUUUGUGUCCACACAGGUGUUCAUGACAUGCUGGGGGAAGGGGCUUUGCCCCCUCAGGCCCCGGCCAAGCUGCCGGGACAGUGGCUCAGGGUUAGGCUGGCACAAACUGAGAGGUUCUCUGAGGCUAGGCCACCCUUGGCUUCUGUCCCACAAACACUGAUUUGGUCUGUGGGGAAGCAGGUGGCCACGCCCUGUACCUAUUCUGCUUAAUCGUUGGAGCCAGAUCCCUGCCCUAGAACCAGACCUGCGGGGCUGAGAUCAGAGGCAGAGCCCCGCUGGGCAGGAGAGGAAAGGCGCUUAGGGGCCAAGGGGCGCCUGCCCAUGCCCUCUUUAAAGGCCCUGUCCCCGGUACAGGCCCCGCUCUCCUCUCUGUAGACACUGAGUCCCCAAGCCUGGCACUCCCUCAGUCACCUGGCCAGAUCUGGCAGGCCCCAAUUCCAGACGUAGUAGCUUCUCUGCCUUAGUUGCCUGGGAGAUGUUUCCAUGUCCCAGAGGAAAUCAGCCCUUGACCCACUUCUCUCCUCACCAG